AUGUCGAGAUCAGCGUCCCAGCUGCGCCUUGAGAUCAAAAGCUCCAAGGUGGACGACGUCCCGACCUUUGCGCUCGGCGUUGCAGGCGCCUCGGAGCCACUCACCUUCUGCAAUCGCUUCGGCAACUCGUCAAGACCUAUGCCGCUACAUCGUCCUGCUUCUUUAUCCAUACACACGCCAAGAAACACACAGGCCCUAUUCGAGGACGAAGACGACGACAUCGACGGAGAGACGGACAUGCUGCUCAACCACCAAGCGAGCCCCGUCGAAAAUAAUCCUGAACAAAGAGACAAUUUGCUCGUGUCCAACUCCGCCAGCGUCGACGGCCUUUCAAAUCAGCAGACAGCGAGUUGCGUCGAGACCGUUCAGGCUGGAAACGGACGGAACGCGGUGAAGACAGAGCAGGUCGACCGACCUAUCGCCCAGCUAGGCUCGUCGAUGCUUCAGCCGGUCUUGGUCGGUGCGAAGAAGGUUCGAUUCCUCGGCGUCAAGCAAGAAGACACAAACGACGCGGCUCGGCCCAGCAGCAGCAACACUGCGGAAACGAAGCGCAUGUUUCUUGGCGCCGUCAAAGACGAGCCCUUCAGCCCGACCCUCACCAGCAGCUCGGCCUCAGAGCUUUCGACCGACAAGUCGUUCACGCGAUCAGAUGCUCCUUCACCACAGCCCGCUGCGAGGCUAGCGGUACCUUCAAUCGUCAUAACCGAGGCACCCAGUGUCGAACGCAAGCCCGCCGUCAGGAUUGAGUCUGCACCACUAUCGCUCCGCUCCCCUGCCCUCUGCGAGCUUUUCUCCCGAACAGGCUACUACACAUAUCAGUGCUUAGCGCUUAUACAUGCUGCGCCGCCAUGCCAUGAGCUGUUGCUCAGAUUUCGUUCUCUAGCGCACUACCUUCUGCAGGUCUCACAGACGCCGAAGAUCAAGCUCGCCGCAAAGGAGCCCAAGGACCUUAAAGCGCUGAAACAGCUGCGAGACACUCUCAAAGAUGUGCUAGAUCUCACCUCUAUUGUCAAGCUAGAUCCCGUUGCGGUGCCAAACGACGCGUGGACAAAGGCGACAGAUACGUGUGUGAGACGGCUCAAGAAGAUCGCCGCGCUCGUCGACAGGAUGCUCCGUGCGUCUUCGCCACGGACUCUGACUGAGCCGCGAUGA